GGCCUUAGCGGAGGGCGCGGGGACGAAUAGCCGAUCGGAUCGGAACUAGAAGACUGUCGUGCGAAUGUUCUUCGCAGCGCACCUGGCCAUUGUUUUGCCGUUCAUGGUCGCCCAGACUUGGGGCAACGCAUCGAUGACAUGGCCGAUCGAAGCAGCAGACUUGACCUUUGCAGGCUUGCUCUCAGUCUCCACACUUGUGUAUAUAUUGUCGACCUCUCGGCCGGCGCUCAGUCAAUCUGGAAAGCGAUCAGAAGGUGGAGCAGAGGCAGGCUGGCGUGCCUACAGCGCACACACGCACACACCUCGAACAAGCACGAGUGACCCGAUGAGUGCCACAAACGGUGCUUGUAGCCUUCCCUUUUUCGGAGUAAAGUCGCAUCACACCCCUCCGGUAUCCAUUGCACGUUUUUCACCUUGGUCGUUGCCUCUCUGUACGUCAGGCAUAGCCAAUGCUCCUAGAGACAGAGCCGAUCUCACAGCGGUGGCGAUCAGACAGCAGCCAGGUUGUGUUGUCAUCGAGUCUGUGCCACUGACUCACAGCGAGCAACUCUUUGAUCUUGCUUCCACUAUUGCAGCGAUCGCCCUUGACAGAUGAUCGUGACAUGGUCGAGGAGCGGCUUCUCGCCUUGACGCUCCGCUGCAGCUGCACCUCGGCCGCGCACUGAGUCCUUCUGACCGCCUCCCCCUGCUCCUCCCCACGUCUUCGCAUUCUCGCAAGACCGCCUCGCCCUCACCUCAACCUCACCAGACAUCACACCAACUGCCCAUCAUGUCAAUCGAGGAAAUCGCCGACGACGUUCAGGACGUGAGUGUUCCUGCUGUCUAGAAGCGUAGCGCUAGCCAACCCGGCUGGAGGGAGCUUGGCUGCUAGCUUCGAAGAGGAGCAAUCUGACCACCCCUAUGCUCACUCGCCUGCUCCCUGUCUACAGCUCAAUGUCAACGCCGGACCUACCUCGGAUGAGGAUGC